AUGGAGAAUAAACAAGUGGAAAACAUCAACUUUAUGGAUGAUGCAGUACCUCGACGUGUGAUGAGAAACCCAUUUGUGACUCAGACAUUCCCCUAUCAAUUGCAACAACAGCCAUCGUCUAACUUUAUGCAGUUGCCAAUACCAAUGGAACCACCCUCAAGUCAGAGUUACACGUACCAGCAGAUGCUUCCUGGACGCUAUUGGCAGACUCCAACAGGGUUAGAGCCUUUGAAUUACGGCAAACAGGGACGUCAUGGUGACAGCUUGGACACUGGGGAUAUCGUUGCUAUUCUGGACACUAGCUCGUCCAGAAGAGACACUGAAGAAGCAGGGAUAUCAUUGGAAGCAUCGUCGGAUAUGAAUAUGACUAGCUUUGACAUGAACUCGUUCCAAAUAACGGAAUUGACAGGAGACUCUAUGAAAGAUACAAGUGAGUUGUACCAAAGAUACGGGUGCGUUUCACCCGAGUCCUCGGCUACAGCUGAGGAGCCAAUGAAGACCCAUUUUACGAUGGACCCGACAGCGGAUCUGGCUACUGGAGCUUUAGCUGUUUCAGCAAUUAGUGCCUUGGUGGAUGUGGCAUAUACGCAAUUCAGCAAGCCGAGCAAUCCCAAACUGAAGGUGGAACAAAUUGCCAAAAACAGGAAAGUGAAAUGCAAGUUCCCUGACUGUCCCAACCAAGCACGAGUUUCUCAGUACUACGGUGAUUUUUGCAAUCGACACGUGAUUGUCGCACCCUGUGGAUUCCCUGGUUGUCGGGACAAGGCUAUGGAACGAGCUGCGAUGUGUGUGGAGCUAGGCAAGGAAGCAUUACACGAGACUUUGAAUCUUCGCACACAAAAUGUACCCGUGUGUCAAACGCUUGGGUGCUUUAAGAACGAUCAAGGAAGGGGAUACUGCCGUGGCCACGAGAAAUUGAUGAUGGCUACUGGACACCUGCCCCCACAUAUUAACAAGCGCCGCCUCAACAGUGCAUACACUAUGUGCAGCUAUCCUGAGUGUACAAAGCAUUCCCAGCGACAUCACUUAUGCCGAACUCACGGAAACCUUCUCAUAGUGCAAGCCCAUGAGCUGGCAGACCGACCUGGAGCCACUGAAAGCUAUGACGAAAUUCUAUCCAAGAUGCAGAAAGACAUACGUCGUUGCACUCACGAAAAUUGCAUGAAAAACUCACAGCGAGAUCGACUGUGUACAACGCAUCUUUCCGAGAAACAUAAUCAGCAAACGAAAGGCUCGAUACCAGGCUCGACACUAGCAUUGGCAAGUAAAGAAAAAAACGAACCAAGUCAGCAGGAGAACAUCCGUGGAAGCAAUGCACGAGCUAUUGAACGACCUCGGGGUAAUAAACUAGGUUGCGAAAAUCUCUUGUAUGCAGGGGGUGUAUGCGCGAAGCAUACAAACAAGACCCAGAAUCUGACAUCAAGUCAAGGACGCUACGAUUCAAUCUCCUCUGAUUCAGCCGCAGCAACUUUGAUGGCUGGUGAUGAUAACGAAGAAGCACAAGCGUUGUCUGCCGAAGGCAACCAACCACAAAUAUUUAGUCCUUGGAUGGGUGCUGCAAGCAUAAGCUGCACUAACCCAAUCUGCGAUCGUAAAGGUUACGGGGGGCAAGAAUACUGUGAUCCAUGCCAAAAUUUGUUCUCGCGUGUUGUGGUACCCAUGCAUGAAAGCUCGGUUGGUUCCUGGGGCUUCCCUUCCAAAAUUGUAUGCAGUGACGUCAUACAACCUGAAGAAAACCUUUCGCUUUGUCGUGUAGCAAACUGCGGGCAAAUAUCCAUUUACGGUGGAUUGUGUCCAUCACAUUUUCAAGCGUUCGAGACAGGUUCAUUGUCAGUGGAUCAGGUAAAGUUGACGUCACAGACACAAAAAACGUGA